GAUAGUGCACAGCGCAUAUCCUGUUCAAAGUCUUUAUCAGUGAGGGCCAGCCGGCAACAUCACACUCUGAAACUGACGAGAGCAACGCGCCUUAGCAGGGACGACAUACAACACUCACGCCAUUUUGAGGAUGAAGGGGCUCCAUCUUCUGUGUCUUCUCAUCUUUGGAGUUCAAGUCUCGUUGCCGUGCCCCAAUCCUUGCUCUUGUCAUGGCAGCCAGGUGGAUUGCAGCAGCAGGUUUCUUAACUCCUCCAACCUCCCCAGCGUUUUCCCCGCGGGCACCACCGAGCUGCGCCUUCACAACAAUCGGUUGACCACCCUCCCGAACGGCCUUUUGGACAAGCUCUCGUCUCUCCACGAGGUCUCCUUGCACGGAAACCCGUGGACCUGCGACUGCGGUGUCCUCUACCUGCGAGCCUGGCUGAGACGUCGUCCCGUAGGAAGGCCCUCGGCCCACAUUAACUGCAGCUCUCCUACCCGCCUCAGAGGGAGGCUGGUGGAGUAUCUGACUGAGCAGGAAGUGCUGGACUCCUGCCACUACUGGUACUGUGACCUGGCUUUGACUUCGCAGGCAUUGCUGUUUGUGUUUGUGCUGGUGCAGGCUGCACUUCUGACCGGUGUCAUCGUGUUCCUGAGGCGGUUUGAGAAGCUCUCCAGAGAGGCCAGGAGGACCAAGGAGGAGAGCCUCACAGAAGGGGAAGCUCAGAGGGAUUCUGUUGUUUUGCCCUUAACUGACAGGAGCAGUUGAAAUGGCUGUGUUCAACACAAAACUUAUUCACCAAAUUUUCAAAUAAUCAGAAAGAUUUUUUAAAGUUUCAACUGUGUAGUCUAUGUGCUUAUCCUGUAUGGAUGUUUUGUUUGAUUGUUACUCUCUUUGCUGCCCCCAUGGCCAAGUCACUCUUGGAAAACAGAUUUGUAAUCUCAAUAUUUCCCCCCAACCUAAGGAGAAAACAAUAUGCAAACAUUUUUCUUUUUUUUUAUUGUUUUGUUAAUAAAGCAUCUCAAGUAAACGUCA